AUGGGUCGCGGGCAAACUCAGCGCCAACCGCAGCGCUGGCCGAGGCUGCUACUCUUGCAACUAGCCGUGCUUUUUUUGCUUCACGAUGGAGCAUGCGCUCUCACCACGCUGAAGAAAGGGUCCUGGACCAUCCUUGAUGUGACCUCCGAUUCCCCGCAAUACUUUGCAUACACCACUCCAAACCCGGGCCAAGCCUGCUCAACCUUGGAUUGCACCUCGGGUGACCGAUGGUUUCGCUUUUCAGCGCACACGCAAGCAUACCAGCUUCGCGUCAACACAAGUGCCAGUCUGCAGAGCCUUUUGUGCACCUUUGCUGACCAACUGCAACUGCAGUGUCAAUCCCGGACUGGCUCGUCCGCGGCCGUCCUCGGUCGCUAUGGGCAGUACAGCAACGACAGCGACGACGAAUGCUACACCGAGGCGAGCCGCUGGUCCCCGUCCCCAAAUGCCACCGUUUUCUUCAGUGUCGAACUCCUAAUUAACAGCAGCGACGCUCAGAUCCAGCACGCUGCCUCACACUCCGUGUCGGUGGGGGUGGCCGUCAACUCGUACGGCGUGUCCUUCCCUAUUCCAGGAGGCUGUGCCAUGGAAGGUCCCACCCCCAAUGAUCCCAUGGCUCAGAUCGGCACUCACAAUGCCGAUACCAACAAGAUUACCUUUCAACAGGCUGAUUUCGGUGUGCCCUACGUCUGGUCUGCGGCCGAGCAUCAUUGUGCUUGUGAUGCCAUUCCUUACUAUUCUGGUUCGCUUAACCAAGCCACAUUGCAAUACGACGUCUACCAGACCUUUCUGGGCUCCUGCGGUUCCGACUUUCAAAAGAGUUUUGAUCCAAAUGCCCUGCUUCACCGCCUUGGGCAGCUUCAAACCGUGGCUAAUGUUCAGCGCUACGGCACCAAAAUCAACGCACAACCCAUUCUGCCAGCGGCUAAUAAAGAGCUUGACGUGGAUGUAGUUGUGGGCCAGGGUGUUGUCUACAGUAUCGUCGUCACAGAUCUUGCAGCACUGGCACGUGACCCCAGUGCAGACCUGCUGCAAUAUCAAAGCGUCUAUGCACCCUCUCACACCUACUCCUGCAGCUUCACGGGUGAAGAGGGCCUUCCAAGUUGUGAGCAUUUACGCGAUGACAUUAUCAUGGGCGAAUCCAUCGUGGCAGCCAUCAUCGGCUUGGUCAUGGCACUCUUCGGUCUUCGGUGCUACCCAUGGACGGCCAUGAUCAUGACAGCGCUGGGCUUUGUUUUCAUGACCUUCAUUCUGCUUACAAAUUUCGCCACAGGCCUGGACUACGAAGGAGAGGCUAAAAUCUUUACCAACAACUUCAACUAUGCCAUGUGCUUUGUUUGCCUGACGCUUGUUUUUCCCACGCUCAUGUUGAUACGACCAACCGCGCUCGUGAUCAUCAGCAGCAGCGUCGUGGGGGGCUUUAUGGUGUUUUCGGGUGCGGAUUACUUUUCGGGGUCUUCCUUUGCGGAAGUCUAUACUAACGUGGUACAGCGAGCCGUGGACCAGAGCUAUGCAGCCGGCUAUGCAGGGUCCUACUUUGCCGAGGACUUUAACGGCUGCGCCAAUCUUGAGCUCAAUAUUAUCAUGCUUGUGGCUUGGGCGGUGCUGGUCAUCAUUUGCAUCGGGGUCCAAGUAUUAUGCACGGCACGACGGGUCAAGCAUGUUCCGACGUUUAAGGAAUGGUCGAAACGCAAGCAACGGCGUCGAAUGGGACGAAUUGACCCUCGCGAAACGCAACCCCUCAUCAAUGCCGACCUGGUGCUUGCAACUGAAGCCGGACCGGGGUGGGCAUCACCAGCGUCCGCGCGGCGGGGCCGGAGACAGGCGGACCGCAGCGCCCGGCGGCGUAAAGCCGAGCGAUGGCUUCGCAAACAAAUGGAUGCCCUUCAUGGACAGACACGGCCAAAUGAGGGCCAAGGAUUUCCCAUGCGAAACGCCACUCGCAAGAUUCUCUUGCAUCGUCACCCUGACCUGGAGCUGUACCCCACCGUCGCGGCUGCACUUGCGACGGGCGGUGCAGCUGUGCGCCGCCCCGCCAAGGGCAAGCGUCAAAAGCACAGUGUGCUGCGCAUGUUGCGGCGCCACGCCAGAAAGCACAGCAAUCGUAGCGCAUCGCCAGCAUCGAAUAUGGGCAUGUCGGACGUUGCAGAACGGGUCUUGAUGUACACAGAGGAUGAUGAGCUGCUGCCCGACGCAGUUCGCCAUCGCACCGAUGACCUCGGCAUGCUUUGCGAUGAGGAUGCAGGUUCCUUCUUCGGCUUUCUUUACCGCAUCAUUGGCCUGCAAGCCAACCGUAGCCUGGCACACGGCCGAGCACUUAUGGAUUGGACAACGGUUCUCGAGGAUGGGCUCUGCUAUUUGGCCGGCAUGCCAGGCACUACAGGUGUUCCCAACAUCAAGGGCUUUCAACCUCUUGUGUAUCUCAAGGUCGAUGAGUGCUGGACCUGGUCGUCCAAGCCCAUUGCAUCUGCGCAAGGUCUCUUGGCCAUCCUGUCAACUCAUUUUCUACAGACAGUCCACGAGGCCAAACAUUGGUCCGAGUGCAUGCAGGCUUAUGACGAAAUGCGUCGGGCUCAGCUUUCCAUGCGCCGUGAAGAGGCUGCUCGAGCCAAAAUGAAACAUCUCACCUUGGAUGAAGCAGAUGAGGAGGAACUCGAGGAGAUGCGUCGCCAAGAAAAGGAGCGCUUUUCCAAGCCCCACCUCGAUUAUACCUACAAACUCAAAUGCGGUGGCAUUCCCUACACCGUGCGCGUCCCAAAGCUGAAGGGGUUCACGGCCGAAAAAACGGCUCGCAUGUCCAAGGCCCGCCCACAUGCAAUCCUCGAGGAUGACCGACCUAGCUGUGUCACCUUGACCUACGUGAUCAUGGACACCCUUGCCAGAUGCCCAUCCCAGCGCGCCCUCAAGCAAGACAUUUGCCGCUAUGCCAAGACUUCCAGAUACGUGCGCGCAACCGCAGACGUGACCCCCAUAGCGGUGGGUGGUGCUUUGGACCGAUUGCAGACCGAACCACGAUGCGUUUGUCAAUAUGAAAGCAAUACCAAGCAUUGGAUGUACAGAUUCGAUGGCUACAACGGAGCCAGCCGUCCAAUGUCACCGUCGGCCAUUGACGACGCCGACUCGGAAGACUUUCGCGAGGCGGCCAUUCGACCGCACAUGAUUCGCAAUCUGAUCGUGCCGGCACAUGCUGAGGGAUUGCUCCUGCAAGCAACUGACUCUCCCGUGUCACGCUCCCCGCCGCCUCGAGCUGUCUCUCCUCAAGCUGUCACAGCUAGCCCCGCUCCUCGUGCAGCUCCACUCAGUAAGGCUGAGCUUUCAGCAAUGGGCGUGCUUAGUCUGGCGCGAAUGCAAACCAUGCGCAAGCGUAUUGCCAAGAUAUCCGGGUCGCUGGAUCUCGGCGGUGAGGAGGCAUCCAACAACGUGGAGCCUUCGACAGCAGCCAGCACUUCCUGA